CUCCCUCCCUUGGCCGCUCACGUUUUCCACCCCCCUCGCCACCGCCUCGGCGCCUCGCCUCGCGUCACCUCGCAGCCAGCUCGCCCCUCGUGUCUCUCCGCGCUGCCUUCCGGAGUGUUCCGCUGCGGGCGUUACCGCUCGGGGUGGACGACAAAAGAGUGGGGGAGGGAGGCGAGCAGCGGGGGGAGGAGGAAGCGGCGAAGUGCUAGUGUGCUACUCCGAACCCUAAAUCUCCGGUGGCGUUGGGGGGGCGGUGCCGGUGCGUGCGUGCAUGCGCGUGACGGCGGCGGUGGGCGGUGAGAUCUAUGCGCUGGGCCGGGGGCGCGGGGAGGGGAGUCGGCUGAGUGGUGGGGAUGGCGUCGGCGGCGUCGCUCGCGGUCGCGGUGGUGGCCGUCGCGGUCGUCGCGCUGGUGGCGGUGGCGCGCGGGGCACUGCGGCGCGCCGCGGCGCGGAGGGAGGAGGUGCGGCGCCUCGCCAGGCUCGCGGCGGUGGAGGCCGAGAUCGCGGAGCGGGAGGAGUAUUACUAUGCUCGGGGGCGGGGCGCGUUCGCACGUGCCGGUGACGUGGCGGUGGCGCCGCUGUGGACCAUGCCCGAGGUGGCUUCGCCGAGGGGGGAUGAAGAGGAGGAGCUCGCGGCGGAGAUGGAAAUGCCGGUGGUCCGGGCGGCCGCAGCAGCAGCAGCAGCGACGGUGAAAGGGGUGUGCGUGGUGUGCCGAAGGCCAACCACGUUUAGAUGCAAGCGCUGCAAAGGGGUCAAAUACUGUACCUUCAAGUGCCAGAUAUCUCACUGGAGACAAGGCCAUAAAGAUGAAUGCCAUCCACCAAGCAUUGGUGCCAAGCCAGGCAAGAUAACAGUAGUUUCUAGUGUUAAAAAGGGUGUUGGAAUGGACAGUUCAUUUGAACAAAGUGCAAUGUCUGGCAUAGAACAAGCUGUUGAAGUCAACAAGUCAGUUGCUGCUAUGCUUGAAUUGUCUGAGGGAAACUUUGUCUCUGAUGGUGUAGAUAAUGAAAGAAAACAAAUGAGAUGUCAGAAGACAUCUAUUACUGGAAAGGUUUCUGAGGAUGUCCUUGACAACAAUAGAGUUAGAUCUGUCGAUAGUUCCAGGCUCCCAACUUCUGGUAAAGCUUGCAACCUUCAGGAUGCUGCUGUUGCUGGGAAUUUCUCUCAGAUUUCAGCAGGCAACUCCAGUUCUCAUGUUGAACGUUCUAAUGGAUUGGAACCUGAACUGGAGCAUUUUAACAAACAGACUCCUGGCACAGACAACCUUAAUAGUUCGAGACGUUUGCCAUCUGUAUCAACUGUUGGCACAAUUUCUUCCACUCAUGGAUCAGAGAAAGAAGGUGCUAUGUCAAAUAAUCAGUCAUUGGCAAAGAAUAUUGCCAGGCAACAAGCAGCUGCAAAAGUUGGGAGGAAUUAUCCAUCAGAAUUGACACUUUUUCCAUAUGAGCAUUUUGUAAAGCUCUACAAUUUUGACAAGGUGGAGCUGCGCCCUUUUGGUCUUGUGAAUCUUGGGAAUAGUUGUUACGCAAAUGCUGUUCUUCAGUGCUUGGCAUUUACCCGGCCACUUACAGCAUACCUUAUGGAAGGACUUCAUUCAAGAAAUUGUUCUAAAAAGGAAUGGUGCUUCAUGUGUGAGUUUGAAAAACUCAUACUGGAGUGUAGGCGAGGAAAAUCUCACUUGUCACCUACUGGAAUACUAUCUCAUUUGCAUGACAUAGGAAGUAGCUUUGGCCCCGGUAGAGAAGAAGAUGCUCAUGAAUUUCUCAGGUAUGCAAUCGAUACAAUGCAAUCUGCUAGCAUGAAGGAAGCCAGGAAAAAUGGUGUCUGUGGACUGCCUGAAGAAACAACAUUGGUGCAGUUAAUAUUUGGAGGCUAUCUGCGAUCAAAGAUAAAAUGCACAAAGUGUCAAGGCAGUUCAGAACAAUGUGAACGCAUAUUGGAUCUUACUGUUGAAAUAGAUGGGGAUAUCAAUACCCUUGAAGAAGCACUUCAUCGGUUCACGUCUACAGAGGUUUUAGAUGGUGAUAAUAGAUACAAUUGCAGCAGAUGCAAGUCGUAUGAACGUGCUAAAAAGAAGUUGACAAUAUCAGAAGGACCAAACAUCCUGACUAUUGCACUGAAAAGAUAUCAGUCUGGCAACUUUGGCAAGAUCAAUAAGGCCGUCAGGUUUCCGGAGCACUUGAAUUUGUCUAACUACAUGAGUACGGCAGAUGAUAAUUCCCCCGUGUACCAACUCUAUGCUGUGGUUGUCCAUCGGGAUGUUAUGAAUGCAGCCUUUUCUGGCCAUUAUGUAUGUUAUGUUAAGGACACACAGGGGAAGUGGCACAAGAUGGAUGAUAGCCAGGUGAAACCUGUUUCUCUGGAAAAAGUUCUGUCAAAGUGUGCAUACAUGCUAUUUUACGCACGGUGUUCACCACGGGCACCAAACUCUGUAAGGAAAAUUAUGCUUGCUCAAGACCCAUCGCGCACAAGGAAAGCCAGGCAGAUGGUCGAUCCAGGACCAGUAUCUUUGGAAGGAGGAAGUUACUUGAGCAGGCAUCAAGGUGGGCAGUUAUCUAAAGAUCAUAUAGUAUAUGACCUCACCUACACAUUGGAUACAUUCGCUGGCUCAUCAUAUACAGUAGUGGAGUCGCCGAGUCCAAGCGACAGCUCCUCGCUGUUGAGCAACUCUGAUGCAGGGUCAACCAGCACUUUCAGUAGUGAUAGCACUGACAGCACAAGGAAUUCGACUAGCAUGGAGGAGUAUGAUUACAUAUUUGGAAGCUCGGAUCAAAUGUACCCAGUAAGCACAGUGGUUAUACCUGAGGAACAUGAGCUUAGCUAUUCGCGGCAGAGGUCUAGCUUGAACCCCAGCUCUUCAAGCCAAUAUGUUGAUCAAGCAAGUGAGGUUGAGAUGCUAAAUCAGCACAAGGAUAGCAGAGGGGGCUGGGAUGAGGGUGAUGGGAUGCCAUUCUUCUAUUCCAACCAAGGUAAACAUCACGGUAGUAGUAGAAGUAGCACCAGCAGUACUAGCAGUAACAGUAGUAAUAGGAAGCUAACAGAGCAACGUAGGACAAUUGGGGAGGUUGACCAUGGCCCUGGAGAGGUCCAUGGCAGCAUUUUGAUUAGAAGGAUUGCCCAAGCAAUUUAUUGAUUCAGGGGCUUGGGUUGUAGGUUGUAGAUCAAUUAAUAAUUUAUCCUGUAUAAAUGCACUAUUGCAAA